ACCCACAACAACUCUUCUAUCAACUACAACUUGCAACUCGCGAUCACUUGCAACACGGUCAACCUACGAUUCCUUGGCGGUGCGCACCAUUCUCUGUUGCGGCGCCGUUGACAUAAAUACCCCUUUCCUCCUGCAACUGCUACCCCCCAUCGCAACCCACACAACUCUUCGAUCAACCACAACUUCGACUUCGCGAUCACUCGCCACAUCAGCUACCUUCGACCUCUUGGCGGUGCGCGCAUUUUCCAUUGCGCCCUCCGUUGACAUAAAUACCCUCCAGUCCUACGACUCCUUUCCCUCAACUCAACUCUUGGAUCAACCACAACUUCCAACUCGAAGUCACUCUCAACAUCAAUCAACUUCGACUCUUUUCCCAAUCAAUCAGCUCACUUCUUCAUCAACAUGAAGUUCUCGGUCGUCGCCCUUCUCGGCCUCGCCACCCUCGUCGUCGCGGGUCCUCAAGUCAUCCACGAGGCCGCCGAGGUCUCUGCUGGACUCGCCGCCAAGGGUGUUGAGCCUCCCACCGACUUCGGUCCCGAUGAUGUCGACUUCUCUCCGGCUAUCAAUGCGACUGAUCUCGAUCCCGUUGCCAUCGCCGGUCUUGGAUACGGUCAACCUUGCGUCAAGGCCAAGGAAUGCAACUCCCGUCGCUGUGGGUGGUGCUCCAACGCUUCCGGCUGGUACAAGUGCAAUCUUCUCGACUCUCGUGACUUGACGACGUUCCUUUCGACGCCGCGAUCAUGAUCUUUUCGGAUUCCAUUUCCUUGGUGUGUUAUAUCCCCAUCGCAUUAAGACGGCAUUUGGUACUCUGGUAGACGGCAACGGCAUAUAGACAAGCUUGGACACGUUGACGCGCUUGGGCUACUGGUCGUGCAAUGUGGUGGCGGUCAAUCUGGGUUUCUGCAUUCUUUUCCUGUAUGAUACACGGCU